AGUUGACAGGAUCCUGUCCGGAUUCUGUAAGUCUUUAGAUUGAGUCAGUAGACUUGUCAGUUAGGGGGAGUAGCGUCUAAGUGGUGAGGAGUGGAACCGUUGUCUGGUUGUGCACCUAUCACCAUGGUUGACACCCGUAGUGGGAAGAGUACUGUCCCCCAAUCCGAGGCCAAGCAGGCCCGGAUUGCCGCCAUCCUGAGGGAGAGGAAAGAGAAGAAAGAGCUCCUCAAGCAGGCGAAGGUAAAGGCUAUAGCAGAGGAGAAGGUGACGAAGAAGAAGAAGUUAGAAGAGGAGAUGUUGAGAUUCCAGAAGGAGAAGAUGAUGAUGUUAGAGCGGGAGGAAGAAGAGAAGAGAAAGGUUGCCGAGGAAGAAGCAGCGGCAGAAGAAGAGGAGGAAGAAGAGGAAGAACCCCUUGAAAGGAGGCGAAGGGAAGAAAGAGGAGAAGCAAGUGGCACGAAGGGGGAAGACGCGUGGAUGGACAGGAAGAUCAGCGAGUGGGUGGCUAACUUUUCGUUGGGAGAGGAUGAGGAGGCACUAUUGUACGUGUCGCAGGAGGAGAGAGAAGCGUUUGCCAGGGUAUUAGAAACGAUAGAGGAUCCCCUGGAACGUCAGACAACAGAGGAUGAGAAGAAGUUGGAGUGGAAAUUGCGAAUGAUGAGGGAGAAGAAGAGAAGGAGGGAGGAAGCCAACCGAGUGGCUAGAGAGGUGGAACGAGUCCGGGCAUGCAGACCGGAAAUGCAGGCACAAACAGAGGUUCCCGCGAAAUUAGAUAAGAUUAUAGGAGAGUUUGCGCGCGACGUGGUGACCCACGUCGGGGCCGAAGUCAAGAAGCUAAAGGAAGGCGCAGAGAAGUUUUGUGUCGGCGCCAUUGAGGGUGCCAAAGUAGUGGCCACAACAGAGGCUGCAGUACAUCCCCGCAAAGAGCCCGUAAAGCUCAAAUUUCUUGAUGCCUAUAGCGGGAAGAAGGACGAAAGUUUUGACAAAUGGGAAGCCAGUCUCAAUACUUAUGUGUACUUGCAACAUAUUGCGCCCGAGGAGCAAGUCCUCGUCGCCUUUCAUGCAUUGAAGGACGAAGCGGCCAGCUUCGCCAGGUCCCUCGCGCGCACUGCCGAUUGUGAGCAUAACAUGAUUGCGUAUUAUAGACUCACCCCUCUCUCCACUUUUCUCAAACUCCUGCGUGAGAGGUUCGCUGACGUCACGAGAGGCGUCAGGGCCUCUGAUAAACUUCAAACCAUCCAUUCGCGACAGUGGAGGAGUGCGCGAGCACUCAAAGCUGUCAUGGACGACUUGGUAGCCGUCUUGGAGAAGCUCAGAGAUGCUAACUUCAAGAUCAACGCAAAGAAGUGCGAGUGGGCCAAGACACAAGUCUUGUACUUGGGCCACGUGUUAGACGGAGAUGGCAUCAAGCCGGAGGACGGUAAGAUAGCGGCGAUUAGAGAUUGGCCGACGCCCCGCACAUUGAUUGAGUUGCGGUCGUUCCUAGGUCUGGCUAACUACUAUAGGAAGUUCGUGAGGAACUUCUCGACUAUCGCCGCUCCCCUUCGCAGGUUACUCAAGAAAGAGGCAAUCUGGCAGUGGGACAAAGACUGCACGUCUGCGCUAAAGAAAUUAAAGCGCGCAUUGAUAGAGUACCUUGUCCUCAAAGUUGUAGAUCAGUCCUUGCCAUUUGUCGUCACCACGGACGCCAGUCAGUAUGGUAUAGGUGUCGUGUUACAACCGGACGACGGCAAUGAUUAUAGACCCGUAGAGUUCAUGUCAGCGAGGAUGCCCUCAGAGAAGGUUGCUACCUCGACAUACGAGAGGGAACUCUACGCUCUCAGGCAGGCCUUAGAGCAUUGGAAGCAUUACCUGCUUGGGAGGCACUUCAAGGUGUAUUCAGACCAUGAGACACUUCGAUGGCUGAAGACACAGGCCAAGAUGACACCUAGGUUGACUAGGCUACCGCCCGGAACCAGUAAGUUCGAGAUACAGCACGAGAAAGAGAUAGCCACUGUUGUUGAGAACCUCAGGAAGGUCCAGCACCAGAUGAUAGAGCAGGCUAAUAAGCAUCGUCGCCCAUCACAGUUUCAAGUAGGCGACUUAGUCUGGGUCAAGUCCAACGAGUUUGCUCCUGAGGAGAACAUCUCGCAGAAGUUACUGCCCGCGUAUAGAGGACCGUGGCCAGUUCUAGAAGUCAAGGGCGGAGAGGAUGGGCCGUCCUACACAGUAGAGAUAUCAGCACACCUCCACACCUACCCUGUGUUUCACGCAUUAAAGUUGUUGCCGUGUGUCACAAGUCAACAGUUUCCAUCUAGACGGUCCAUGAUCCCUCCGGACAUGGACAGAAGAUAUGACAUUGACGGCAUUGUAGGUGAAGAUGUAUUCAGAACAGGGGGUAGAGGCCAUCCGCAGAAGCAGAAUAAGGUCCGGUUUGCUUAUCAGGAAUCGGAGGACGACCGCUGGUUCACUAGAGCAGAACUUCUAGAGACAGCUCCCGAUAUAGUUAGAGCCUACGAGCGAGAUAAGAAAGGUAAAGGUCCUGCCUUGGACUAAGUUAUUCUCGGAGCACCUCAAAUUUAGGCUGGCGGAAGUGAAACGGUAUUCACCAGCUCGCAGUAGCCGAUGCAGUUCCCAG